CCGUCCAUACUACAGCUGAUCGGCCUCGACCCCCCGGUGCGGUCCAUCGGACUGUCCGCGGCCGUUUUUAAUUUUGAAAUAAUAGAGUUUACAAUUUAUAGAUACCCACGACAGCCUUUAUUAUCGACGCAUACAUCAUUGCUUUAUUUAAUUGCCAAGGAUAACUUUUGGGGGCAUUUUUGUUAAUACUUGGACGAGGAAUCCCCUUCAAAACAAUCAGGCCGUGAACCCAUCCUCGGUCUCUCAUAAGAAGUCUGAUUUUCUGACAGCUAACUAACGUUAUGGGAGACACAGGCAGUGAAAGGAGCAAGCCACCCACCAUACCACCACGAUGUCCUUGUGGAUUCUGGGGAUCCAGCAAAACGAUGAACCUCUGCUCGAAAUGCUUCGCAGACAUCCAGAAGAAGCAGCCAGACGAAGACUGCCCUCCAGAGCCCGAAUCCAGCCCUAGCAAUAACCAGUCAGCAGUCUUCUGUAGCGAGACGAACAGCAGCAGUAGCCAAUCCCUGUUGUUGACACCGGUCAGCUCUGAGGUGCCCUCACAAGAAGACUCAGGAGCCACACCCCUCCCUGCACAGGAAGAAGCCUCAAGCACAGACGCAGGCCACACCACUCUGUCCACUCCCACGAAACGACCUUGUGACUCUGCCUCAGGCUCUCAGAGCGACGAGUCCCCAGAGAAGCGGGCGCGUGUGGCCUCGCCCUCGCCCUCGCCCUCCCCUUCGCUCGCCACCCUGGACGAGACCACAGCAGCCCCACGAGGGCCCAAGCAGAAGAACCGCAGACGUUGCCACCGCUGCCAGACCAAGCUGGAGCUGGUGCAGCAGGAGCUGGGCUCCUGUCGCUGUGGGUACGUGUUCUGCAUGCUCCACCGGCUCCCCGAGCAGCACGACUGCUUGUUUGACCACCUGGGCCGGGGCCGCGAGGAGGCUGUGCUCAAGAUGGUCAAGCUGGACCGCAAGGUGGGCCGCUCGUGCCAGCGUAUCGGCGAGGAGUGCUCCUGAGGCGGCUGCAGGGCCAGGGGGGCGGUCGGACGGACGGACGGACGGAUGGAUGGAUGGAUGGAUGGAUGCUGGAAAACAGGAGGGAGGGAUGGAAGAGAGAGAGGGAGGGAGGGAGGAGAGUGGGAGGAAUGAGGAAGAUCGUAAUGAUCCACACUAUGAAUGCAUUCAAACCCACCCCACAACACGGCCCAGCCACCAUACACAAACUAUCUCUCUGUCUCUCUUUCUCACACAUAUACACAUACAUACACACACACACACACACACACACACACCAUGUGCUGCAGAACUCUUCCCUCCACGACGAGAAACGCAUCCUGCCUCCUGUCUCUGUCAGUGCACCUCUUGACUCCACCCUGUCUGAGACCUUAACCUCUGACCUUUUGACCUGUGUCCUGUCAUCUGCAUGCCCUCGCCACCCCUACCACCCCACUAGCCCCUCUUGCCCCCCUGCUCUCGGCCUUAACUGUCCACUGCCCAGUAACACAGUUGCCUCUUGCCCUCCUCCAGCUCUGCUCCUGCUGAACCUAGAGGACUGGGUGGGUCAGGGAUCCUGCUGUGGCCACAGCUAGGGCGGUGCUCAUGCGUCAUGCCCCCUCCCUGUCUGUCUCUCAACCUAAACCUCUCGUGUGUGUGUGUGUGUGUGUGUGUGUGUCUGUGUCUGUGUCUCACCCACUCCUCUCUGAUCAGUGUUUACACGGGAAAACAGGGGUCAGCAGUCCUAAUUGGACACACACAGAUACAUACAUACAGACAUACAAGGAAAAACCCUCUGCACUAGUCUGACCAUAAUACACACACACACACACACACACAUAUGCAUACUGCUGUUACCUCCUGUGUGCUUGGUCACUCGAGCUGCUUUGACACCUCCUAACCUCUCUCCUUUCCCUCUUGUUUGACCCUCUAUGCAACCCGCCAACAAGUGUGUGUGUGUAUGGUUGUUUAAUUCAGUGGUUUGUGUUCUCUCUGAAAGGACCCCCCCUCCCCCUCCUCCUCCUUAUCCGAUCACCGCUCUCUACUGACGGGUGGAGUUCUUCCCUUGCUCUGUCUCUCUCGCUGAGGCCUGGGUUUGGGGUGUUGGCUAGAUUCAGGUGGAGAACCCCCCCCCCCACCCCACUCAAGCCUCUGAGCGGACGGAGUCUCUCAGGCAUCAGCGCCAACCCCCACCCCCUGCUCCAUCCACACAAUAUGCAGACAAGCAGCUCCACAGCUGUGCCUGUGUCAAGACCUGCGCAUGGUUCUCCUCUCUGUCUGUUUGUCUGUCUGUCAUACACACAUUUACAUUUUCACUCACUUCACACACACGUGCACGUUUUUUUUUUUUUUUGUCAAACACAUCUGAGACCGUGUGGGGAGCUGAAGGACUGAAGCAGAAUCAGACAGCACCCAGUAGAUUUUUUUUCCCUUCAUUUGGAACAGGACCUCAGCUAGAGGAUCAUGGAAGCUGAGGUCUCCAUGCUUUGCCAUGUGCUUUUCAGAACUGAAUGAAUCUGCUCAGACUACAUCUCCCAUCAGCCACCAUGGCGGAGUCUCUGCCCUCCACGUGCCAGCCUUCCUCUUAAGAGCUGCCCUAUAACCUCUGGGAUUUGUAUUUCUUACUGUAUAUUUGGGUUGCCAUUUCCGUUGUCUUGCCCUCUCCACGUUGCUGCUUGCCACUCGGUUGUUUUUCUCUGAUGCUUUGUCUGGAACUCUCAUGCCUACCCUUUCUCUGUUGUCUACGUUGUCUCUCCCCUUUACACACCCACAUACACAUACAGACACACUUACACUCUCAUGCGCACACACACAUACACACACCCACAUACACAUACAGACACACUUACACUCUCAUGCGCACAC